UAAUUAUGACUACAAUCAAGAAGUGGGCCCAAGGCCACUAUGCCAAAAAAAGGACAACAGCUGCUGCAGCAGUCGGGACAACCGUAGUGACUAAAGAAUGCACUGAGAGUAAGAAUACUGAAACGCUGUCAACGACACCAGAGAUAAUGAGUGAUGAAAAUCUCAAGAAACGUGAAGCUAAAGUUACAGUACCUUCAGUCGCUGGAAAUGACUUUAGGCCUGGUUCUAUGCUCCUAGACGUGACAUCAGCAAUAGCCACAACGACAACAGCCACAACUACAAUUCCUUCUUCUACCGCUAAUACUGUUGAUACUGUUGUUACUACUAAUGCUAUGACCGCUUCAACAAGCGAUGAGUUACAGGCGAUGGAGGCUCAUCCAAUUGUAAACAAGGUUGCCAACCAUCUAUUAAAGUUUGAGCUUCUGGAAGAGGUCUGGCUAGGUUAUGGGAUUUGGAAGGUGUAGCCUCAAGACAUUUUUGAUACAAAUUAUAAUAAAAUGUGAUAAAGCGAU